AUUUGUCGGCGCAUCUCCAUCCAGCUUCCUUUUUUCUGGCCCAUUCGCCUCAUUCUCCACCCAGAGAUCUACUUCUGUCGCAAAUCCCCGACAGGUCCGGAGAGCGUACUUCAAUUACCUUAUCAGCCAAGUCCGACCAUUUCUACCACUUCGCAUCGUCAACUCCCAGCACGCUCCGGAAAAGAGAAAAGCUACAUACAUAAACUCGCAUACAACCACCGAAACUGAAGCGAACCUCUUGUCACAAUGGCCGCCCAAGGUCCUUCGGCUCUUCCUCCCACGACCAUAAUCUCAUCUAAACCCAUCUCCCAGUCAGCUGCCCACGAUUUCCUUGCUGCCUACCUCGACCGCGCUGCGACAGACCCCGCUCUGCAACCCAACGCCGGAAUCAGUGAACAUGGUCCCUUGUCGCGCACCACGGCCGCGGCCCCCAAUUUGAUGCUGCACAAUCUGAAGCGCGUGCAGGCCGGUUUGGCCGGUGAGGUCCUGGGUCGGGACCUGACGCUGGCAAAGCUCAUGACUGGAGAGGAUGGCGAUGCGCAGCAGACCACCGGCGCCGAGCAGGGUCAGGAUUGGGAAGAUGCCCAGAAGUUCCAACAAGAAGGGGAGGGUCUGGAAGGCUUGCAGGAUGCGAUGGACGCAGAUAUCGGCAUGGAGGAAGAUCAAGCAGACCCCGCCGCUGGAGGUAUUGACAAGGAAGAGAGGAAGCGCAGGAAGAAGGAGCGCAGACUGGCUGAGAAACGGGCCAAGGCUAAGGCCGAGGACUGAUGCUUAAAAAACUGGAUGGACUUUCUAGUAGCAAAAAUCUGGUUGUUUUUGUUACGGUUGGCGAUGGUCUGCACUAACUUUUCUCGGGGAUCCGCUGCUAUUGAUUUGGGUUUACAAGAUUAAACAUGCAUACAG